CUUCAAAGCGAUGACAUGUUGAUCGACCUGUAUCAAAUAAGUUUAAUUAUUUUUAUUGGAAGUAUGUAUCAAUAUCAAACGGUUUAACAGAAUUUGUUUAAAUGAUCAUCUAGUAAUGCUCUGAUGCAAUUGAUUUAUGAACUCCUUAAAGUUUGUUGCUGUAACUAGAUUAGUAUCGGGAUUCCGUUCUGUGCCUGUUUGUGUAGUAAACGUAAACAACAAUCGAUUUAUUAAUGCUCCUAAUAAAUUAGGGUAUUUAAGAAUUGAAAACAUGUCGCAGACAAGUAUUAGAUCGUUUUUUUCAGCAACCCCCAAAAAACCUACUAAAACGAAAAAGGAGACCGAGUCGAACGAUAAUUCAAUAACUGAUGAAAAUGAUUCUCCGGUGACAAAUGGAACUGAAAAGAAAGCAAAGAGAAUUCGAUCAGACAGCAGCGGCAGUGAUUCUGUUGAUGAUAUAAAUGCUUACAAAGUAAAUAGUGCUGAAAAGAAAAAUCCAAAGCGCAGGCGCAUAGUUAGUUCAGGAAGUGAAUCAGAGUCAAAGUCAGAAGCAGAAGAAAUUAAAUUGGAAAAAAGUGGCAAACCUGUAAAAACUUAUGAUUCACCAAAAAACAAAAAAUCUAAAGCAAAAGUUGUUAAAACAGAAUCACCAGUCAAAGUAAGCCCUAAAAAAGAAACAAUUUUAUCAACACUUAAAAGUCCAAAAGUCAAACAAGAAAAAGCAAGUCCAAAAGCAAAGAAAGAAGCCCUUAAAUCUCCUCCUUCAAGUCAAAAGAAAAUAAAUGUAAGCCCAUCCUGUAAAAAGUCAGAAACUUCUGAAGACAAAGAGAAUGGUAUUAAAGAGGAAAAACAAGAUGCUACAACUACAAUAACUGCAGAGGUUGAUUACAAUCCAGCCAAAGCAAAAUAUCACCCAAUAAAUGAUGCUUGCUGGUCAAAAGGAAAAGAGGUCCCAUACCUCGCUCUGGCGAAAACUCUUGAAGCUAUUGAAGCUACGUCAGCCAGGUUGAAGAUGAUUGAGAUUCUAAGCAACUACUUCAGAUCUGUAAUAUUGCUGACUCCAGAAGAUCUGUUGCCGAGUAUAUACAUGUGUUUGAAUCGGCUUGCACCAGCUUAUCAUAGUCUCGAGUUGGGCAUGGCGGAAACGUACAUAAUGAAAGCGGUGGGGCAGUGCACGGGGCGGUCGCUGGCGCAGAUGCGCAGCGCGGCGCGCGCGGCCGGCGACCUGGGGCUGGUGGCGGAGCAGGCGCGCGCCACGCAGCGCACCAUGUUCGCGCCCGCGCCGCUCACUAUUCUUACAUUUUAUUCUAUAAUAAUGUUUACAGGUCAAGCCUCAGUUAAUAAGAAAAUAGGCAAGAUACAGUCUCUUUAUGUUGCGUGUCGAUAUUCCGAAGCGAGAUACCUUAUAAGGUCGCUGGAGGGCAAGCUGCGUAUAGGUCUGGCGGAGCAGUCCGUGCUGCAGGCGCUGGGCGCCGCGUGCGCCGCCUCGCCGCCCGCCGGCGCCAGCGCGCAGCUCGACGUGGCCGCCACUAUGAGCGCUGAACAGUUUAAGGCGCGCGUGGACGAGUUCGCGCUGACGAUAAAGACGACGUACUGCGAGUGCCCCAACUACGAGACGCUGGUGGCGGCGCUGCUGCAGCACGGCGUGCAGGCGCUGCCGCAGCACUGCCGCCUCACCCCCGGGGUGCCUCUCAAGCCCAUGCUGGCGCACCCCACCAGGGCGGUGGCCGACCUGUUCACCAGGUUCGAGAACGAGGUAUUCACGUGCGAGUGGAAGUACGACGGCGAGCGCGCCCAGAUCCACGUGCCGGGAGACGACGCGCCCCGCCUCGACCAGGCGGCCAUCUUCAGCAGGAACCAGGAAAAUAAUACUUCUAAAUACCCGGACGUGAUCGGCCGCUUACCCUCUCUACUGAAAGACACAGUGAAGAGCUGCGUGCUGGACUGCGAGGCGGUCGCCUAUGAUCUUGAGAAAAAACAAAUUUUACCCUUCCAGGUGCUAUCAACCCGCAAACGCAAAGAUGCGCAAGAGUCGGAGAUCAAAGUGCAAGUGUGUAUAUUCGUAUUCGACCUGUUGUACUUCAACGGGCAGCCGCUCGUGAGGCUGCCCUUGCAAGAGCGGAGGCAGCUAUUGAGAGAUAAUUUUAACGAAGUCGAGGGCGCGUGGCAGCUGGCGCGCGGGCGCGACUGCAGCAGCGCGGAGGAGGUGCAGCUGGAGCUGGGCGAGGCGCUGCGCGGCGCCUGCGAGGGGCUCAUGGUCAAGGCGCUGUGCGGCGAGCGCGCGCGCUACGACAUCGCGCGCCGCUCGCACAACUGGCUCAAGCUCAAGAAGGACUACCUGGAGGGGUGCGGCGACAGCAUCGACGCGGUGGUGAUCGGCGCGUACCUGGGCCGCGGGCGGCGCGCCGGCCUGUUCGGCGGGUUCCUGCUGGGCGCGCGCGACGCCGCCGCCGACGGCUACCAGACGCUGUGCAAGCUCGGCACCGGCUUCAGCGACGACCAGCUGCGCCGCUUCACCGCCGCGCUGCGCCCGCUCGCGCUGCCCGCCGCGCCCGCCUACUACAGCUACUCGAGCGGCGUGGAGCCGGACGUGUGGCUGUCGGCGGCGGCGGUGUGGGAGGUGCGCUGCGCCGACCUGUCGCUGUCGCCCGCGCACCGCGCCGCGCUCGGCCUGCUCGAGCGGGACCGCGGCGUGUCGCUGCGCUUCCCCAGAUUUAUCCGCGAACGAGAAGACAAGACUCCCGAGCAAGCAACAACGGCGGAACAGAUCGCCGAGAUGUAUCUCGCGCAGGACCAAGUGAAGAACACCACACGCGCCGCGCCCUGCGAAGACGAUUUCUAUUAGAUCAUGCAGCGUGUUCCGCCGAUAGUGCACUGUGCUAACAGUUUUGCAAUCGCCGAUUAUAGAAA